AUGGAUAAGGAGACCCUGAAACAAGAUCGAACAGAAUGGUACAAGCACACCGAAUGGCCCGAGCACUUGGCGAAGCGGAACUUGCCAUUCUUGGCCCAUGCCAGCCGACUCCCAGAUCGAGAUGAAGUUGUGCUACACGAGGCUGUACAAGUACUGGAUCUUGUACUGCAAUAUACAGUGAUGGGUCUCUCAACAUUGGAGCAGGAGCUUUGGCGGUGGCUUCGUAGCGCCAAACAGGCCGAACCUGAUGUCCGACCGUUCUCUCGACUGCAAGAACCGAACAGCCAAGACCGAUAUCACGGCUACAUGCGACGCUUUCUGUGUCUCGUCUUACGGGUAUGGCUAUCUUCACAGGACCCGCAGCGGCUUAACCAACCGAAUUCGAGUUCAUCACCAGAGUCUUGA